UCACACUGUAUAUCGAAUCGUUCGCGAGCUCUGCAAGAAGUUUUCCAACGGUGAAUAAAGUGAAAAAAUUUUGCAUGGAAAUUUUGACCACAUAUUCUUUGUCAAUUUCACGGAGAAAUGUGCAAAAAGUGAGCAAUGCAGGUUCUCUAUCAGUUUUGUUUACAAAAAGUGCAAAUUUGCAAAGUGAAGGUGUGGAAAAGGCGAAGUGAAAAACUAGCAAAAGAAAUUUUUCUACAUCAGCAGUGACCAGUUGAACAACAAUAGCAACAUCAACCACCAACCACAUAGCUGUUGAGCAACAACAACAGAAACAAUAGAAACUCCAUCGACAUACCUAGACAAGACCUACACCAAACGGUGGAAAAAAUGAAUUAAUUGGCAAUAUUAGCUGUAAGGUAACUUCAGGAAGCGCACGAAAGCAGCUGGAUAAACUUUGCAAAUUUUCUCUAUGGAGGAAAGCUUUUAACAUCGAAUAUACCAAAGCCAAGAAAUUUAUGAAAAUUCAUCGAACGUGAACUAGAUCUGUGUGUUGUGAAAAAAAUAUAUUUGUGUGGUUUUAACUAUUAAGCGUUGAACAUCUUAGAGAAAAUCGUUCCUUAAAAUGAUGUUUGGAAACCCCAUACGAAGAUAAAGAAAAAUGAUAUCACUUAACAGAAGCAUUUCUGCGAUAUUUCACCUUAAGGCCGAAAUAUUUGACGAUUCAAAGCGAAGGAAUAUAAGAAAGUAGAAAUUAAUAAAAUCAAAAAACAACAAAAAAUCCUAUAGUAUAGCAUAUUAGUAAUAGCUCGUUUAAGUACUUCGACACGAUCAUCACACUCACACACAAACACACAGAAGCAAUGUCGUGCUGUAAUACAAAUAAAAGGAUUAACUAAGCAAAAGGACAGCCAUCAGUUGACACGGACAGUUAGAAUUUCAACACCAACGAACCUAAGUUACAAACGGCCGUGAAAAUGAGUCGUGAAGAGCCAAAAUCGCGUACAACAAAUAAAACAAACAUAACUCAUCCCACCAUCUACACCACUAACAUCCCGCCCACCACGCAUACAACUGCAACUGCAACAGCAACGCAAUCAACUACAACAACAACCGCAUCAUCAAUCAGUUACACCACCUGCAGCAGUGCAACAACAAUAAAUUCGGACGCCAACACUACAGCAUUCCUAACGGCUAGCAGCUGUGAUGGCAUUGGUGGCAAAAUCUCCACUUCAACGCCACACAGGCGUUGUGAUGGUGUCGGCGCCACCGCUGAAGGUCGCUGCGACGAAGCUGCCGGUGCUGCGCACGCCACAUCCCUACGUGAUAUGCUUAGCGCCGCGUUUCUACCGGACGACAGUAUUGCCACAACGAUUAGUCCACCGGGCAGCCGUAACUUGAGCGCGGUCUCUGCACCGGGCAGCUUCAUCAAGUCUACAACUACUACUAAUACUAACAAUUCGACUGGUAGUCCGGUAGCCAAACGUCAUCUGAGCGCUGCAUCUAUGGCGCGCAUGCGUCCACAGUCGAGUUAUUCGGCGCGCGCAUUGGUAUUCGAUGACUCUGAUCAAGAGUUGGGCGCUAGUGGUGGCAGCGCCAGCGGUAGUGCUGGCGGUAGUCCACGUGUCAGCUGCAAGCAGCAGGAGAUGAGUGUAGGCGCUACCAAAUCAGCGACAGGGUUGGAUAUGUUGAGCACAUCGUCGAAAGUGUCGGCCGGUGAACAUAACGUAAGCACGACAUCGUUGAUGACAUCGCAUUCAUUGCUGCGUAAUUCGAAUUUGACCAAGUCGUCUUCGGGGGGCCUAUCAGGCAGCUCAGUGUCGUUAACUGGACGCAGCUACAAUGCGUUGCUACGUAAGAUCUCCUAUCAGCACGGUUACUCCAUGCGUUCGUCUAGCAAUGAUACAUCAAAUUUGGUGCGCAUGCGUAAUUCGUCGCUGGGUAAGUCGGCACCCUGUCUUACCGGUAGCUACUUACGCGGUAGUGGCGGCGCUGAUUCCUCUCACUGCUUGACGCCGGGUCCAAACGCGCUCUCGCAGUCGCAUUCGUCAGCGACUUGUAACGUGCAGGCGCAUGCAACAAUGCACCAUUGUCACUCGUCACCGAGCGCUGUAAGCGUUGCCGGCGCCCCGGGUGGUUCGAACGCGCCCACAAAUACAACGAGCACAUUGAACAUUUCACGUUCCAACAGCGGUGUUGGCUUAGGUAUUGGAAAACAUCAUUUGCAUGGCGUAGUGAUGCGCGGCAGCAGUGUUGGCGGCACAUCCAGCGGUGUGGCACAUCAUCGUUUGAGUUUAGUUACAGCUGGUAUAAAUGCUUGCACGAACGCUUCGCCGCGUUCACAUUCGCCUUACUCGGCGAGUCCAGUGGACAGUCCGCGCAUAAAUUCACCCAUGCAGUUUCCAUUUGCGCCCAUAAAACGCAUUGCAUCGUGCCGCGGUGACGGCAGACGCUGGUCCGUGGCAUCGUUGCCUUCUUCGGGUUAUGGCACGACGCCUGGCAGCUCAAAUUUGUCGUCACAGUGCUCCAGCCAGGAAGCACUCCAUCAGCUACAAAACAUUCCACCCGGUGAGGAUGCAGCACAAGAUGCCGCCAAUGCCAUCACAUGCUGUGUAGAGCAUUUACAAGCAGCCAUAGCCGCGGCGCCGCGCAUGCACUGUCAGAAACACUGCGCUCUAUUAACCGCCGCUUGCACACCAUCAACGCCCACACCUGCUACAAUGGCAAUAGCAACAACGAGCAAAACAAUGUCCGUCCCACAAACAACAACGAACAGUACGAGUUUCAACAAUAGCAGCACAAAAGAGCCGAACAAAAACGCCGCUGCCCAUGCGCAGCAACCCCAAGUCGCACGCCCACACUGUCCCAAUUGUUGUGUUGAUAGUAAUGUUUUAUGUGCUGGCGGCAAGGUAUGCGCCGCCAUCGCACCACCAGGCACACCAUCGAAUGCCGCCAAAAUGCCCGCGGGCGCACCACAGCCAUGUACGCCCAACGCGAAUGCCAACUGCAGCGGUGGCGGCAAUAAUUGCUCAACUGGUUUUGCGGGGCGCAUGUCGCCCUUUCACCGUCCACGCUCGCGUUCGCUUUCAAGUCCGUCGCGUUCACCAAUCGUGGACAACGAGAUCGCCAUGAUGAACACUUUGUAUAAGGAACGCUUUCCGAAGGCUACGCAACAGAUGGAGGAGCGCCUAAAGCAUUUUAUCAAUGAGAAUAAGAGCGUAGCGUGCAACAGUUUCCGCGACUCGCAGCCAAUUGUGCGCUUUGUCCAUCAUCAAGUGCUUGAAAUGGCGCGCGACUGCUUACAUAAGUCUGAGGCAAAACUAAUAACAUCACGUUAUUUUUACGAAAUGAGUGAGAAUCUCGAACGUUUACUAUUAGAAACGAAAGAUAAAUCGCCCGAAGCUGCGGCAGAGCUAACAGGUGUCAUUAAAAAGUUACUUUUAAUCAUAUCGCGCCCGGCACGUUUACUCGAAUGCUUAGAAUUCGAUCCCGAGGAGUUUUAUCAACUAUUAGAGGCUGCUGAGGGUCAAGCCAAAGCAAUACAAGGCAUCAAAGCCGACAUACCGCAGUACAUCAUACAUAAGUUAGGUUUAAAUCGUGAUCCGAUCGCUGAAAUGCAACAGGAGAUGAAGGAAACACAGGCUGUUUGUGAGGGUAAUCUCUCAGCGGCCGACAUUACCGCCGUAGCUGAUAAUUCGCAAGAACAACAAACCCCCUUGCUCUUAAAUUCACCACUCACUUGUGUGACAGCCAACUUUAAUGCAUCGAAUACCCUACUGACCGGCGAUGCACAUGCCGUAAGCAGUGGUUCUUGCACACCACAUCCACCGCUACCGCUGCAACCACCACAAACACCGGUCGCGAGUGGACCUGACAUGCCAAUGCCCUCCUUUGCAUCGGCAAUCUGCACGGCGGUGGUGAGUGCCACAAACACUGCCACAACGAGCACAGCCAAACAGCAGGCGACACAAACCGCACAGCCGAUACCGAACGAACAUGAUUUCGAUAUCGUUAAAUUGAUCUCAAAUGGCGCCUACGGUGCGGUGUACCUGGUUAAGCAUAAGACUACGCGCCAACGUUUCGCCAUGAAAAAAAUCAACAAAAAUAAUCUCAUUUUGCGUAAUCAGGUGGAGCAAGUGUUUGCCGAACGUGAUAUACUCUCGUUUGCCGACAAUCCCUUUGUGGUGAGCAUGUAUUGUUCCUUCGAGACGAAAAAGCAUUUAUGCUUGGUAAUGGAGUAUGUUGAGGGCGGUGAUUGUGCGACGCUUUUGAAGAAUAUCGGACCAUUGCCGCCGGAUAUGGCGCGUUUUUAUUUUGCAGAAACAGUAUUAGCGGUGGAAUAUUUGCAUAGUUAUGGCAUUGUACAUCGCGAUCUCAAGCCUGAUAAUCUACUCAUCACGGCAUUGGGGCAUAUAAAACUCACCGAUUUUGGUUUAUCGAAAAUGGGUUUAAUGUCAUUGGCCACAAAUCUAUAUGAAGGCUACAUUGAUUCGGAGACCAGACAGUUCUCGGAUAAGCAGGUUUACGGCACGCCGGAGUAUAUAGCGCCAGAAGUGAUAUUACGACAAGGUUAUGGCAAACCAGUCGAUUGGUGGUCCAUGGGUAUUAUAUUGUAUGAAUUUUUGAUUGGUUGUGUACCAUUUUUCGGCGAGACUGCGGAAGAGCUAUUUGCGCACACGGUCAACGAUGAUAUUGAGUGGCCGGAUAGCGAAGAUUGGGAUGUGCAGCCAGAGGCAAAGGAUUUGAUAACACAAUUGUUGCAGCAAAAUCCACGUGAACGCUUAGGCACGCAAGGUGGCGCUUUAGAGGUUAAGGAGCAUGUAUAUUUCAUAGGCUUAGAUUGGAAUUCGCUGUUGAGGCAGAAGGCGGAAUUUGUGCCACAAUUGUCCACCGAGGACGAUACGAGCUAUUUUGAUACACGUAUGGAUCGUUACAAUCACGAUUUAGCUGGUGAGGACACCGACGAUACCGACGACACGCCAGUUUUUGGCUCAUUCUCAUCGUUAACGCCACAGUAUCGCAAACAACAUUAUUCUUGGUCACGUGUACCCUCUGCUAGCUCCAGCACCACAAUGACACCCACUAGCACCAGUGCAGCAUCAGUUUCGGCAUCUGCUUCGAGCGCCACUGUCGACAGCUCCUCGAAGCAAGCUGAUGUCAAGCCGGAGGCGGUAACCAUUGCUGCCAGCAAAACUGGUAAUGCUUCUGUCUGCGAUAGUAAUACUACGGUGGACUCGUCCAUGGCUUUGGUGAAAUGCAAAAAUAACUCGGCGCUUUCACCCAGCAUGAGCAGCGAUUUUAUAGCAAAUAAGCUGCUGACAACGCCACAAUUGCGCAAACUGGACCUUACAUCCGGUUGCCUCAAAGUGCCAUCCACGCCCGAUGCUGACUAUCUGCCCGAAUUAUUGCACAACAUCACCAUCGGCAAUGACAACGAACUACGUCUGCUCAAUCAAUUCCUGCGCCAAUCAUCGAUUUCCAGUCCAUCGGCUUCACCGGCUAGCAGCGCCGGCAGCGGCACUGCUUAUUUGCAACAACGCCAACGUCAACCGCAACGCCAUAGCAUGCCAGCAACGACAACGGCCAUAAUUACCACACCCGCUACACCGCCGGCAACGAUUGUGAGCGCCGCGGCAGCUCAAGCAGCUGCAAUUGCCGCCGCCGAAACGCAUGCCACGCCCCACUCUACAACUACGGCUUUGGUGAAGGCAGCACAUCCGCAUCCAUCAUUAAUACCAGCUGUUGCGGCGGCAACGUCGCGCAGCACACCCGAAUCCUCAACCGCUACAGAUAGUGACGACUUUUCACCACAAAUACAUCGCAAACGCAAAGGUGUCUGCGCGCGUGACAUACUACCACGUUUCUCCAUAUCCAUCGAGGAUGAGACGGUGAGUGGCGGCUCAUCGUCUGCCGAGAACACGCGCGAACAAUCACCGCUUGCAUUGCAGCAUCAUCAUAAAUCGAUGGACGGUCAUCUGGGCAAACAUCGUUCGCGUUCGAUUGUUAAGUCCGCAUCGGCUUUGGGGCUGUCGUUGAUGUCCAGCGCUGUGGAUAAUCAACAGUUGGCGCAGCAACUUUGCGGCAUAGCAGCUGGCAUACAAUCGCCCGGCAGCGGUGCAGGCGCUGGUGGUAAUGGCGGCUCCAGCACAGCAAGUUCACGUGACACUUCACCAUGUCGUGAUCUUUCACCUUUGGUAACCAAUCUGAAGCCGCCCAUCAUAAUUAGGCGCGGUCCACGUGGUUUUGGUUUCACAGUGCACACGAUACGUGUUUAUUAUGGCGACACCGACUUCUAUACGAUGCAUCACUUGGUGAUGGCUGUGGAGGAGGGUAGUCCAGCCUUUGAGGCUGGCCUGCGUCCCGCCGAUUUGAUUACACACGUAAAUGGUGAGCUGGUGCAGGGUCUCUAUCACACACAAGUCUUGCAGUUGUUGUUGAGUGGUGGCGAGCAUGUAACAUUGCGUGCCACGCCGCUGGAGCAUACGAGCAUACAGAGUGGUGGGCGCAAGCGUGAUUUAAUGCAAAGUAAGCUGGCCAAGAAGGGCGUAAAUCGGCAGAAAAAGCAAACGAAGAAGGAACAUGACAAGAAGCGCAAAACUUCACUAUUCAGGCGGAUCAGCAAUAAACGUGCGUCGGCAGAGAUACAACAGAUCGCUGCGGGUAUUGUCGGUUCUCCCACUAAUACGGCAGUCGCUUCGGUUGUCAGCGGUUCUUGUGGUGCCGCCGGCGUUGGUAACGUAAACAAUCGCAACUUAUCGCCGAUGGACUCAUCGUAUCAUAGCAGCAGUUGCUGUCAAUCAGCUGGUAACUCAUCGCAAUCCACUUCACCAUCCUCAUCGGCACCGAAUACACCAACUUGUGGUGGCAGUGGUGCACAAACGCAGCCAACUUUCGCCAGUACACCAACGAAAGCUUCAGGCUUGACAAUUUCAACGAGCGCAGCGGCUGUGCUAAUGCCACAUGGCGCAAGCGGUACGGGCGUUGCAGGGCCCAGCGGAGCUAUUGGUGCUAACAUACCGGUAUCACCCACAUCGGUGCCACAACUCUACCAACGGCCAUCCACAUUGCAUGGACUCAAGCACAAAUUGCAUACAGCCGCUUGCGGCGGUAAUAACGCUGUGGUCGUGUGCCCAACCGCUGGUAGUGGUGCCGGUGUGGUGAAAUCACUACACACCAGCGCUGCUGGUGCUUUACCGCCAAAUCGCCGCAAAUCUGUUGGUCAUAUACCACUUUCGCCACUGGCACGUACACCGUCACCCUCACCGCUACCGGCCUCACCCACACGUUCACCAUCACCGCUCGCAUUUCCCAUUGUUGGACAUCAGCCCGGCGCUUCGAACACCACGCAGUCAUACAGUCCCGGCAGCUCAUUGCCCACAGUACAAACCAUGGCGAGCGGCUCGAAGAAAAGCGGCUUCGUGCGCACCAAAAGCGGUGAACCCAGCUCACCAUUGCUGCGGCGUGCGCUCUCACCCGACCGUCUACAUCCACGCAGCGCUGAGGCAAAAUGCACACUAAUUUCACCGCUCUGCUGCUCGCCACCAAUCAAGCAGCCGCAACAGCGUGUAAUCGGUGGUGUUUGGCGACCCAGCACUGGCACCGGCACCAAUGUAGGUGUCACUGGUGGUGCUGGUAUGUCGUCAAAUGCAGUUACCACACUGCCACCAAUAAAUACCAUGCAACAAAGUUUUGCAUGCAUCGGUGGUGGUGCCAGCGUGAAUAAUAAUAAUAACGGUAAUGGUGCAGCAACAGCUGGAAGUGGCGAUGCCGCAAAUGAAUCUCAAAUGCCGAUUGGUAGUGUGUUGAAUAUGACCGAACAGACACCGCUAACGGUUAGUACGCCCACAAAUAUUGCUUUGCCAGCGCCGGGUGAGAUGUUGCCGCGCAUUGCAGAGGAAAAGGAUUCACCCACUAGCACACAUGAAUCGGAGGAAGAGGCUGCACCCGCAGUGGCUACCACAACUAAUCUGACAAGUGCAACAACUUUGGGUGCAACUGGCGUGAAUGUUAUGCAAACAAUUGACGAGCAUGGCGAUGAAACAGCAGGUGCUGCGUGUGACUCAGGCGGCGCUGUGGCAGCUAAGAAGGAGCGUGAUAAUAGUAAUAGCGUGUCACGUGAUAAUCGUAGGAAAAAUGUUGAGGAAAAGUCUACAAUGCCUAAUGCGUCGACUAAAAAUGGCAGCGGCUCAAAUAACCGCAGCAGCAGCGCACCGUCUAGCGGUCGUAGGGAAAGCACAUCCUCAAGUGCUGCGGCAGUAAAAUCGACAAACCCAACAACAGCUACUUCUACCAAGCACAAGAAGCAGUAAAAUUUGUUAGCAAAAGGCGAACGACAGUGUUGGUGUUGGAAAACAAAGCAACAGCUCACCCGAAACAGCACGAAUAUUUAUUUUAAACCUUCUUUUGUAUUUUGUAUUGUAAUAUUUUUUUCUUAUCGUUUUUCCUGCGGGGAAUAUGAUUUGUGGAACGUUAAAAUUUGAAUGUUAAUUAAUUAGUAGUGGUUAAGCAGCAGGCAGAAGAUCACACAUGGGAGCGCACGCACACACAAAAGAGAGUAGAGAAGUGCAUAGUUGGAAACACUUUAUGGGUGGGGGCACGAAUGAAUGUGUGCAAAUAUGUGUAGAAGGGGACAUUGUACGCAAAUACUUGGUGGUCACAUAAAACACCGUUAUAAUGUAGAAUGUAUGAAAAUUGCGCAUAAAACUUUCUUUUCACUUCUUUUCAUUGAAUAGAAUAUUUUUUAUACUUAUUUUACGCAAUAUGAAGAAACUGCAACGAAUUGCAUUUGCGUGCGGGGUGCAUAAAGAGUGGGGCUGCAUGUAUAUUAUAAUAUUAUUAUUUUCAUUGUUAUAUGAUUGUGGCACAUGUGGCUGUCAGCGAACGUUCAACGCCCAUUUAAAGCAAUUCGCUAUUUUUAUUAUUAUUAUUAUUAGUAUUUAGUGAUAAAUUAAAUUAUGUAAUUGUGAAACAACAAAAUAUUACACAUACUACAUUACAAAUUAUGCGAUAUAUACAUUAACACAACUACAUGCAAUAUACAAAAAAAACUAAAUGAAAAGCGCUAAUAUUGUAAGCGUGCUACUCGAAAAAGUUCAAUAAAACAGUCCAAAAACACGAAAAAAGUAAAAAAAAAAUACGAUAAAGUAA